AUGAUUUGCAAAGUCUCAAGCGCUUUCUACUCGGUUUUUCUCAUCUUACUGCUCGGCGCCUCUCGCGUCUCCGCCGUCGCGAGGCAGGAGGUGGACAUCGUGUACGCCUCGGGAGAAGACAGAGACCCAAUCACGCUCUACAUCCCCGACGUCUCCGUGCCCGGCGAGGAUAACGCGACAAAUGUACCACCAGAUGUUCCUCUCAUCGUUCUUCUCCACGGGCGCUGCAUGGAUGGCGACUCCACAAACCGAAUUUUGCGCUUCACCGAGCAGGUGGAUUCUCGCGAGUUCAUCCUCGCACUUCCCGAAGGGACGAGAAAUCGAUUCUGGUGCUCAUCGUGCACUCGACUUGGUGGUAUUUUGAACACUCGCUACGGAUGUAGAUCUUGGGCUGCAACACCCGCGUGCUGCGCAGCUGGACGCUUCUCGUUACGCCCGGGGGAUCCGGAGACGUGGGAACCCGUCGACGACGUCGAACAUCUCGCGCAAGUCAUCCGAGCCGUGAAGUCUCAGUACAACGUCGCCGAGGACAAGGUUUACAUCGUCGGUUGGGAGAACGGUGGGUUCAUGGCGUAUCGCAUGGCUUGCGAGAAGCCCGAUUUAAUCUCGGGUAUCGUAUCUAUCUCUGGUCUGACCUUCGCGGACGCGCAAUCCAACUGCGCCGCGUUCACGGCGACGACAAAGACGCCAGUGAACGUCUUGGCCAUCCAUGGUGAACUCGACAACAUUCCCGUCGAUGGCGGUCGAUUCGAAGGUAAACCUGUACCUUCCGUUGAACAAACGUUGGCUGGCUGGGCCGAUCACAACGGGUGCGAUGCGUCGGCGAAAGUCACGACUGCAGACGCGCUCGUCUCUCGCCAAAAGCUGCUCCCGAACAACCCAGAUACUGAUCUCGUGCACUUUGGCAACACGAGCCAGUGCGACGUCGGUGGUCGCACCGAGCUUCGACUUGUUUCGGGUUUGAACACCGAACUCGCGACCGCGCUGACCUUUACGGCAGAUUUUGGCCCUUCUCUCAUCGACUGGAUGCUUGAAACGGAUGGCGUGUCGAAUAACGGCUUCGUCGACGAUGAUGAUUUGGCUCCCGCACCUGGACCGAGCGUCGAGACAUCCUCGGGCCCAAAUGGUUUCACUCACUGUCCACCGGACGUUCUGCGUUGCCCUGAUGGUGAAAUGGUGACUCGACAAGUGCCGAACUGCGACUUUCAAUGCUCGAGCGGCGCGCCGACGCUUUCGUAUCUCGAAUCAAUUUGCACGGCGAACGAUUGCUGCGGGACCUACGGACUGUGCUUAUCAACUUCAAAGUGCGCCGAUACGUCAUGCCCGAAUGAUAUUACGCUCGAAAACUACGAUGCAUAUAUGAGUGCUCGCGACAACGAACCGCGUUCGAGCGGCGCGCCCGCCGGCGUCGCCGCGGCGCUCGCCUUCGGGUCCUUGGUCGCGUUCGCGACGUUAAUUUAA